AUGUUUAGGUUAUUAUGUGCAUUUGCACUGCUAUCAGUGUGCCAAGCAAUAUUUCCAUUGCACCAUCAUCACCACAUUCCCACCGCGGUAUCCCACCAACAUAUAGAGAAACACGACGGACCCCAUCACCCAAUCACAAUUCAUCACCCCGUGCCGAUUCAUCAUCAUGUACCUUUGGAGCACCAUCAUGUCCCAAUUCAUCAUGUACCAAUUCACCAUGUGCCGCAUGUUCCACAUGUACCCAUUCAUCAUGAUCAUUACGCGUUCCCUGAAUACAACUUCGCGUAUUCCGUCCAUGACCAUCACACAGGUGACGUGAAAUCUCAGCACGAGUUUCGUCAUGGAGACGUAGUCCAAGGAGGGUAUGAGCUUAUUGAGCCUGAUGGUAGGACCAGGAAAGUGGAAUACAAGGCUGAUGACCAUACUGGGUUUAACGCAAUAGUGCAUCACUCGUCGCCUCAUCACCAUUUCCACUUACAGCAACAUCACAUUUAA